UGGUGGGGAGCGUGAGCAGAGGAUUGGGAAGGGUGGGCCGGCUGGCGCACCAUGCCUGGACCGAGCAGUGAGUCCCGUGAAAGGCAGAGGCCGUUUCGCGCUGGGGAGCACAGACGGCAGCGAUGGACGACGCUGACUGGGCUGAUCCGCAGACAAGGGCAGCGUGGAUGGGGACGGCCGACAGGGACAGGGCCGGCACGCCUAUACAGAGACAGCUAUGCACGCAAGCGAGGUGCGACUCCACCAGCACCAGCCACCUGACGACACACCAUGGCCCGGCCAGACAGGACGAAGGCACAGCAUAUCGGAUGCUUGUCCGUUUGCUUUGCGCCCUCCAGGAGUCCCUCCAGGAGUCCAGGAGACAGACAGCACGACGUGCAGCUACGGGGUCGACUGCUAUUUUUGCGGAGCCCUUCUCACCACCUCGGCCGGGCUGGGGAGGAUGGACUGGCAGGGAUGGGCCCCAAGUUUAGCGGGCGUCUACUUUUUUUACAAACUGGCGCUGGCGGCGGCUGGGGUCCCGAUAGGGAGAAGACGGCUGAAGUGGACGCGGCCACUCAGCGCACCCGGAGAUAUUCAUCGCGAGCGCGAACAGAUACUGCGCGAUGCCAGCUCCGGUAGACAGUUGCUCUCUGAGCAGAAGUGGACUCGUCUUACUCCACCCCGUUGCGGUUGUCAGUGGCAGACGUACCACCGAGAGGCCCCUCUGCGUACGAACCGGCCGGCGCUGGUUGGAAGAGCCGGUUGGUCCUCAUUACAUAAGCCGCUGGCUGGCGCUGGAGCACACCACCACCGCAGCAGUGAUCGGAGAGGAACCUUGUCCGAAACGUUUUGGCUGCGGGCCCGAAAGCACUGUCCGCGGGUGGUCUGCAAUGCUGCGUUUUGUGGAGCGCCAGACGCGAUGAUUUGCGCCGCCGCUGCGAGUCAAAGCCGCGCAGGAGCUUCACGGGGGGAGCGUCGUGGAGCAGCAGAGAACGACGGAGGGACAGCGACACAGACUGCUGAAACGUGUGGAGAACUGCCGUCGUUGCAACUUGAGCAGAGGGGCCGCCCGUCUUUCCGCUUUCAAAACGGGCCUUGAUGAUUCAGGCAGGCCGACAAGAGAAGCACAGCGAGGUGGUCGGGGCCAGCGAGAAGCGACUGCGCCAAUGCCACCAUAGGCUAAAUGGCCGCCGCUGCGAUCCAACGACGGAGCCAGCGCGGGCG